UGAUUUUGCACGCUAAACACGCCUUCUCCAAGGCAGACAAUUCCGUGAUACAUACAAAAUGUAACGAAGUUUAAUUUUGCUGAGUGAUCGAAUAGCGAUAGUUAUAUUCAGGUCACCAGGUAAAUGAACCGUACGCACAUGAAUCAUACGAUAUUGGACUAGUGAAGCAGUAUGUGAUUUUAUUAAAAAUGUGUCAGUGUUUCAAUUCGUGUACAGUGAUAAAGUGUAUGAGAUUAAAACUACAACAAAAUUUAUCAAGUACUUCGUUUUGAGUUAUAGGAUUUUCAACAAUUGGUCUGCCAAGAAGAAAUGGAAUAUCAUGAUUGUACUGUGGUGACUGGUGACUCCCACUUCUUUGUGGCUCCUGAACAGAACACCCGGUGCUCUCUUGAAAAAUGGUCAGUCCGUUGAGUAGCGUGAUUCUAACAGGACUUUACUGAGCGUAUCCAACGGUUGAGCACUCCUCGUCACAAGUCACAAGUGCUCCUUGAUAACCGGUAAAGCAAGGACGUGGAUCAAUUUCAGUGUAAAACUGCAGUGCAGUCAGUUGUUUUAUCGGUUUUCCCAAAGGUGCAGUGAGAGGAAAGGUGUGCCAUGUAACUGCUAGGAAGGCUUAAUCAGAAGAGAUGGAAGGAAACAAUCGGGAGCAGCAGCAACAGUCGGCUGCACCGGUUCUGCCUCCACCUAAGAAAAGGGUCCAGAUGGAUAGAGCAGUGAGCAUGCAAUUUCCACCGGCCAACGCGUCUCCCAUCGCAAAGCACAGAACUACGACAUCUUUGCUUCUAACGCGAUGGCUAGUUUCAAGAAGGGCAUCGUCGCCAGUACUUGAAUCUGGAGUACAGUCUGGCGAAUGCGACUUGGAUUAUGGAACUCCACCACCCAUCGAGGAGCCUCAUUGCUACUCCAUGUGUCUCAGUGACAGUUCCUGCAGCGAGGAAGGGAAUAGUUCACUCAGGAUCACCAAGGAUAUCAUUAAGAAUUUAUUGACGGAACAUAUGCGCGGAUUGGGUGGUCGCCUUCAGUACUUUGAGGAUUUGGAAUCCGGGAAGAUCAACGAGGAAAAUUUAGAGCGUGUCUUGGACGGAUGCAGACCUCAGGAAAUAAACGCUAUGUUGUUGUAUUCUAGCUUUCUUGGGAAAGGAGCCCUGAUUCCGGGAUUGCAUAAAGCUGGAGCUGAUCUCAAUCACUCCGAAUACGAGCAGGGACUGACGGCUCUUCAUCUCUGUGCGUUUAGUAAUUCCCUUGUGGGAAUUCGUUACUUAAUGGCAAAUGGCGCCAAUGUGAACUCUUGCAAGGUUCACACACCCUUUCAUUAUGCGGCCUUUGGAAACUCGUACGACGUGGCUCAUUUUUUCUUACAACAAGGCCUGAAUCAGAAUCCGAUACAGUGCGAAGAAUCCGUUCUGCACGUAGCAACCAGAAGCAACGCUCUGGACGUUGUCACGUUGCUGGCACCAAAUAAUCCUUGUUUAAAUCGUCUGGAUUGUCAUGGAUUAGCUCCCGUUCAUUAUGCAGCUGACAGAGGAGACGCAGCCUGCUUGAGGGAAAUACUGAAAGCCGGAUGUCAAGUGAAUUUAUUAACGCAGAAAGGAGACACUGCACUGCACUUGGCAGCGGAAGCUGGAUGUGCAGAAAAUUUGGAACUUCUCGUUGAGAACGGUGCUGAUGUUAAUUUGCGAAAUCACAGAGGUCAGACUGCACUUCACUUGGCAGCUAGAGCUCAUGCACUCGAGUGCGUCGAGGUCCUAUUACGAAAAGGAGGUAGCGAUCCAAAUGUAGAAGAUAAUGACGGUAGGACGCCAUUGCAUCUGGCCUUAGGCAGAUCGUUACUCGCCUACGAUAUCUCGGACUGUCUAAUCACCUGGAAAGCUAAUGUGAAUAAAUCUGAUAAAUACGGCUACACGCCGCUUCACGUGGCUGCAUUGAAUGAAUUAUCGCAGUGCGUAGACACGCUUAUUCAGCACGGAGGUGACCUGAGCGCUACCACGAAAGGUGGCACCACAGCCCUAUCUAUAAUAUUGCGCAAGACGCCAUCUUCUUUGAACGCCUUCAAACAGAGGUUGGAUGCUUCGAUAACCCUACAUCAACACGGAUCGGCAACUGGAGAAGUGGAAUUGCGGUUGGACUUUCAUCCUCUGCUUCAACAUCAGCACCAGGGAGAGAUUGGAUACCUGGGAGCAUUUGUGAAGGAAGGAUACAAGGAAAUCUUGGAACAUCCACUCUGCCAAUCUUUCCUUCACCUCAAGUGGCAAAAGAUACGAAAAUACUACGUCGGCAGAUUAUUAUUUUAUCUGCUCUACGUUCUCGUUCUAACUACUUGGGUCAUGACGGUUUUGGCUUACAAUUGUUACAACGAAUCUCAUGGACAGAUCGAUGAUUCUGUCGAACCGCUCUGUCGCAACUCUACCGGAUUAAAUGGCUUCCUGUAUCGACAUCCUGUAUUCAUGGAAGUGGAGUGGUAUGUAUUAAUGGUCCUGACCGUCCUCGAAACUGUUCGAAAAUUAUUCGGUAUCUUUACGUAUCGAUCAAUCAAGCAGUUUUUCGGCCAGGCUGAGAACGUAGUCGAGUGGUGCGUUAUACUUUGCGUUUUCGCAACAUCCUUCAUAUACACAGGCAGAACCUACACCUGGCAGAGUCACUUGGGUGCUUUUGCCGUUCUCUGUGGUUGGUUUAAUCUGAUGCUAAUGAUCGGUCAGCUUCCAAUGUUUGGCGCCUACGUAGCAAUGUUCACCAGCGUCCAGGCGCAGGUCUUCAAACUUCUGUUGGCCUACGCUUGCCUACUCUUUGGAUUCACUGCGAGCUUCUGCGUGAUAUUUCCAAGUUCCAAAGCAUUCAGCAGUCCUCACACUGGUCUGAUAAAAGUACUGGUGAUGAUGACGGGCGAAUUGGACUUUGAAGAUCUCUUCUUUCCAAUGGAAAAGGAUAGUGGGAAAACAAAGGACGGGAGCAGCGCAUCCUGGUUUCUUCUUCAAGUUUCGGCUCAACUCUCGUUUGUUCUUUUCGUACUCUUUGUUACCAUUGUCCUUAUGAAUCUUCUGGUUGGCAUAGCCGUGCACGAUAUAAAAGGACUGCAGAAAACAGCUGGCUUAGCUAAGUUGGUACGCCAGACUAAAUUAAUCUGUGACAUGGAGGCUGCCCUGUUUCUGGGUUUACUUCCUCGGGGAGUGAAGAAGAUCUUACGUUGGACCACGCUGGUACUUCCGUCUCCAUUGCGCGUGGUGUUAACGGUCAGGCCAUUGAAUCCAAGAGAGACCAGGUUACCAAGAGACGUUCUGUCUGCAGCUCACAAGGUAGCCAAGGAACGUAAGUUCACAACGGGAACGUUGUCCAGUAAGAGAAGCAACAGCACCGCCUACACGUAUCUGAAGAGCGACGCUUAUUCGACGAUUCGACGCCCAGUUAAUAAUAAUGACGAUGACGUCUUUGAUCACGAAGAUACCAACAAGGUUAAGGAAGACAUUUUGGAAUUGAAAAGAAUCUGCGAGCAGAAUCAGAGGUUGAUUCAGGAUUUGCUCAUGACACUGGCUAUGGAUAAGAGAUUCAAUCCUAACAGAGAUGAUUUUGAUCUCAAUAGAGGACGAAGCGUGUCGGUUUCAGCGCCUCUGAGCGUCGCCAGUGGGACAAUACAGAAAUGUGCUCGUGGACAUGACAGUGACUGCGUUUUAGGAAAUACCUUUGCGAGUCGGCCGACCAUCAUGGAGAACACGGAGAUGCACACGCUGCAUCCACCAACCGAAUUAAACGGGAAGCUGCGCAGGAAUUCAUCAUCGAGAUUGGCAGAGUUCGCCAAGAUAAAUCAUCUCUCAGCUAGACUGUCGCCAGUUUCCAAAUCAGCCAGAAAUUUUAUCCUGGGCAAUCUGCAGGACAACUACAACUGGAUCGAUCCUGAAGAUGGACGUUGCACGAGAGACACCUCAGAGAUAGAUGCUGGAGAAGCACCGCCGAUCGACGAUUCCCUCUUCUUCGACAACCUGGAGUGUCUCCGGAACGUGAAGAUCAACAACAAGAGCAUCAAGUCAUCCCUGUGGUCAGCGGUCAGUGUCCCAGAGAUGAAGCUGCUACUGGAUAUGGAAAAGGGUAGGCUGUCUAAAAGUUCAGAUGGGUAUAUACUUCCGGAAAAUACUACUGCCAGGUUCAAGAACAUCGCAUACAUCUGGGCGUGCUUCAGGAACCUGACGGACAUCCUGCCGACCCUGGAAGCCUUGGGCGCGGAUCCACAGUACGUGGAGAAGCAGACGGGAACGAACGGCAUCCUGGCUGCUUCUGUGGCGGACAGCGUCUCUUGUCUGGGAUACCUCGUGGAACGUGGUGCUGAUGUCAACUUCGUGAACCCAGUGAACAACUACAGUCCGCUUCACUUUGCUGCCUGUGGAAAUGCUGGGAAUUCCGUGAGAUUCCUACUGAGCCAUGGAGCCACGUUGUCCACCGCCUGCUACGACGUCGAUCCUGUUUUACACUGCGCCGCCAGAGCGCAAUCCGUGGACGUGGUGAAGAUUCUACUGGAGCACGGUGCCAGUGUCGUGCAGAAGAAUCAUCCAGGAGAAACGCCACUUCACGUCGCCUGCCUGGCCCAGUCUGUACCUUGUGCUGAGCUUUUGCUGAAGUCUCCUGGAAUCGACGUGAAUGCUGUCGAUCGUGUUCAUAGAUCUCCACUUCAUUAUACAGUGAUGAAUACUGACUCUUCGGUUGAUUUGAUCGACCUGCUGAUCAAACAUGGGGCUGCAGUUAAUGCCAGUGACAAGGAUGGCUUCACCCCCCUGCAUAUCGCAGCCCUUAACGAACUGUCGAAUUGCGUUGAGGUCUUGGUGUGGGCUGGCGCCGACGUUAGCGCCACUACGAAGACCGGUGUCUCUGCACUUAAUAUUAUGCUUCGGAAAAUUCCAGAGACACUGGAAGUCAUCAGGCAGCGAUUGGACGCGUCGAUUAAAUUGCGACGUCCGGUUCCCCAUAAUCGAGAAUUCGAGAUGCGAUUUUACUUCGACUUACUCUUCCCGAGCAACAACGUCUGCGAGACCAGCAUCAUCAACACUUUCGUCGAGGAACAUCAAAAGGAUCUUCUCUCGCACCCUCUGGUGAUGGCGUUUCUUCAUUUGAAGUGGGAGAAAAUACGAAAGUUUUAUCUGCUCAGAAUAUUUCUUUAUAUUCUCACAGUCGUAUUCAUGACAACCUAUGUUCUCACUGCUCUGGCGUACAAGUGUUACAAUCACAGCGGACUGGACGCUUCGAAAUUAUGUACAAACAAGCGUAUAUCUGGGAUUUUCUUUCGUAAAUCAAUUAUAGAAGUGGAGUGGUACAUUUUAUUAAUUCUAACCUGCAUCGCCAUUCCGCGCAAGGUAUUUGGAUUUAUGGUGCAUCGAUCGGCCAGGCUGUAUUUCUCUUGUAUUGACAAUAUACUGGACACCAUUGUUAUAGUCAGUGUUUUUGCCACCUCGUUUGUCUACACCGGAAGAACGUACGACUGGCAAAAUUACGUGGGCGCGUUCGCUAUACUUUGUGCCUGGACCAAUCUGAUGCUGAUCGUUGGUCAACUUCCGACAUUUGGUACCUACGUCGCCAUGUUCACUCACAUACAAUUCGAGUUCGCUAAGCUCCUAUUGGCUUACUCCGGAUUGCUGAUCGGUUUCACUGUAAGCUUUUGUGUCAUUUUCGUCGGGGAACCGUCAUUCGGCAAUCCCUUAACAGGACUGAUAAAAGUCCUCGCCAUGAUGGCUGGUGAAUUGGAUUUCGAAGGAUUGAUCAAUGAGCCCGAUCGGGUGGAUGACGAUUCGCUCGCGGUUUAUCAUCCGCUCUCAGUCUGCUCGCAAAUACUCUUCACUCUCUUCAUAGUCUUCGUCACAGUUAUUUUGAUGAAUUUGUUAGUGGGCAUCGCCGUUCAUGAUAUUCAGGGUCUGCGUAAUCAUGCAGGACUCAUUAAACUAGUACGGCAGACUAAGUUAAUCUUAUUUUCGGAGAUGGUCUUGCAGAGCAACACGAUUCCCUUUGCUGUACGAAAGUGGCUGGUUAAUCACAGGAUUGAGAUCCAGAAUUGGAAACGAGUCCUAAUCGUGAAACCAAUGAACCCGCUGGAAAAACGUUUACCAAAAGAUAUACUGAAGGCAGCAUAUGAAAUUGCCCAAAAGAACGAGCCCUUUUCUAUGGAUGACAACGAAAUGGCACCUGACGAUUAUUCUGUAAUGAAACGAAAAGUACUCGACCAGGAUCUUGAUUCGAGAGCUCUGGAGAAGAUAUCUCAGCUAGUGAAAAUCAAUGAAGAUGAGAUAAAAGUGAUGAAGGCAUAUCUCCAGGAUACCAACAAAAUGCUUGAAGAUCUCAUCAAGCGAUUGGACACCGAAAAUCGCAUUUAAAGAAUUUAGAUACACACAGGCAGAAAUGGAAGAUCAUUUGAUUCCUUGUAACUAAGCACAUUCAACCUACAUACGUCAUUGACUUCUCUGAAAUGGUUCUUGUGAUUUUUUACGCUUAAAAUGCAUUUAUAAGACUCUUUUACUAGACUUCCUUUUCUUCUUAGUCCUGGAUAGGUGAUAGGGUAAAUUACAAGGCAAUGGUCGAGGAUAUUCCACUCGUGGAUUCACAGUUUAUCGAUACUUAAACGCGUACCUGGAUUCUAUCGUGAAUAUCGAUAUCAAGUAUAAUGUUUAUACCGGUACUAACGAAAUAUUUUAUACCGAACCUUAUGAUACAACCAUAUUACAUUUUUUUGGUUAUAUUUCCUCUAAUUUUCACGGGCUUGACUGACGCAGUGGAUGUGGAAGCAAUUGUGACUGGUGGCGGAGUUACUAGCCAAGCUGGUGCCGUUCGUUGGGGGAUUGCAUGGGGUCUCAGAAGUUUUGUCAAUUCAGAGAUGUUGGAAAAGAUGAGAGUUGCUGGACUAUUAACGAAGGACCCUAGAAGUCGUGAAAGGAAGAAGCCUGGACAGGAAGGCGCAAGAAGGAAAUUCACCUGGAAGAAACGUUAAUGGAUUCCUAUAGGGAAAUUUUAACUAUCAUGCCUAUUGACAUACUUCAGUUGUCUAGUAAAUCGUUGUAGCUCAUUAUUCGUGGACGUUUCAAAGUUCGAUUCUUAUUCCAUAUGAUUUACCAUACACUGUAUGACUAUAUUAACAGUUAUAGAGUAGGAUCGCAUUUUUUUUUCUCUGAAAAUACAUCAGUUAUCACAAUAAUGACCAAUAUGUGGAUCACGACGUAGGAUAUUUAAUUAGACAUUUAUUGGGGAAAAUAAAUUUAAUUGAAUUUAUAUGCUAA